AUGACUAUUCGCGAUAAGUUUAGACGCGCCCUUGGCGGCUCGCGACCUUCGUCCGACUCCUCGUCGUCUACCUCUGCGGCCCCUUCUAUCCUCUCUGCUUCAAGCCCGACUCCUUCCACCUCUACGACAACCUCGGCUCCGGACUCGCAAUCUAGUCUCUCUUCCCGCUUCAAGGCCCUGUCCCUUGGGCGGCGGAGCGGCAGGACGAGCGACAAGAAAAGUUCGUCGACGAGAGGCAACUCGCCGGAUCCCCGAGAGAAGCCCUUUACCGAGACCAACUUGCAGUAUCAAGCUCUCCUCGAACCUUUUACCAUGACGUUCGGUGCCACGCGGCGGUUGAGCGUCGACGAUGAUCUCAUCAGCCCCUGCACCUCGAGGAGAAACAGCGUCAUGGCGUGA